UCGCAUUAUACAAUGUGCUGAUUAAUAACGAGCGUCCCGCGUGUUUUGCGUUAUGUUUUAUAAAAUAUUUAUUGUUUACAUAAUUCUGGCUGAAUCAAUAGCUUAUUACGAGCAAGGGCAAACAAAGAACCAAAUUGGCGGGAAACCUCGACGAAAACAUGUAAAUUGGACGUUCAAGGAUUAUUUGAAAAAAUACGAUCCCCGCACUGUCUGGGAUAAGAUUGAUAAGAUUAAGAAGAAAGGCAUAAAACUAACAAUAAAGGAAGAAAUAGACAUCUUCAUGAAAGGCAUCGACAUGUCAGAUGACUUCCUAAGGGUGAAGGUUCAAGACGGAGACGCCAAGCUGCUGGUGAUGAAGGAUGGGAGACGUUGGCAGCCGCCUCCAGGUCUGUCGGACUUCCCUAGAGACCGGUUCAGUCUCAGACGAAGACUCUUCGAGCUGAUGAAGCAGGCUAUCUAUCAGGCUAGGAAUAAAAUGGUGAUCAUGCAACAGCUCCGAGACAAAUAUCGUGAAGACUCCCUCUACAAAAUGGGAUACCUCAUGAGCAAAACUGACAACGCCUGCAAGACUUUCUCGAAGGUUGCCUUCAGGGCAUUCCGUGCCUGCAUCCUAGGCAGGCAGUGGGUCAUGUACAGGCACAGACUCUACGAAAUCCUAUCCACUGAGGAACGAGUCCUCAACCUUUGGUUCACUGUUGAACUACUAGUUGAUUUAAUCAAGAAAAACGAUAACUACCUUAAAGAUAUGCUCGCGAAUGGAACGAAACAUCCGAAGAAGGAAUGGAUAUUUACUGAUUCAUAAACAAAUAAACUUAAUUGUUACUAGUUCUUUUUGCUAUGACUUAUUUUUUUAAGUAGGGACAAGUUAUGAUUAUACUUAAUUUUUAUAUUUAUUCACUGGUAAUAAUAAAUUCAAAAUAGCAUACAUAUUGUAACUUA